ACCGGUCUGUCCUACUUUCGAUGGUAAGCAUUUAACUAGAGUGAAACACAAUUUCUUUCAAUCCUUUUCUUCUCUCGCCAGCACAGCGUCGUAAAAACUGCUACACACUUGUUCCCUCGAGAGAAAACUGAAGAAAAAGAAAACGAAGAGACUCUGAAAAAGUUGAGGCGGUUUCAAUCUCUCGACUCUGCUACAGAGAAAUCCCGAAGGCCGGAGGCGCAAAGUUUUCUGGAUAAUGAAUUGCCUGCAAACUCGCCAGUAUUGGACCAUGAAUAGUGCUAGGAGUUCUGGUGUUGAUACAAUUAGCAAUUUGCCAUGUAAUGUCCUAGAGGAAAUUCUAGGGUGCUUGCCUUUGAAAGAUGCAGUGAAGACCAGUAUCUUGUCAAAAGGCUGGAGGUACAAAUGGGUCACACGUCAAAAACUUGAUUUUAGUGAUGAGUUUUUCAGGUCAUUUGCACAUGAUCAAGAAGCUAAGACAAUCAUUUACCAAGUCCUAUUACUCCAUAACUGAAGUUUAAACUCGGAGGCCCUAAUUUGAGGAAUUGGCCUGAUAUUGAUCAUCUUGUCAAAGAAAAAUAUCCAGGAACUCACCCUUCACAUACGGUCAGGCAACAUAUAUGUUUUACCUUCUCACCUUUUUACAUUCCGGCAACUAAGGCAUCUGGAAAUUCAUAAAUGCUUGUUUUCCCCUCCGCCUGGUUUCAAAGGGUUUGAGAAGCUUAUUAAUCUUGAUUUUUAUGGAGUCACUUUUGUUCCAUCAGUAUUUUGGAAUCUCAUCUCUAAAUGCCCAUUGCUUGAACGAUUGAGGUUGCUUUGGUGCGUUAACUUUGACACCCUUGAAAUUGACGCCCCUAGUCUCAGAUUUUUUGAGUUUAGAGGAAGCUCAAAGUCCAUUUGCUUCAAGAACACCCCGAUGCUUGAAAAAGUUGCUGUGUAUCUCAGAUCACGAGUUUUGCCUGAUUCAUCUCCUGGUUGUUCAAAUCUUAUGAAGUUCUUCCAUUGCAUCCCUUCCCUACAGGAACUGGAUAUACGUGGUUCGUUAUGGGAGUACUUGACCGUGGGAGGUCUGCCACAUAAUCCCCCGACUGCUCUGAACAAUGUCAAAUCUCUCAAAAUGGCGGACAUGUCUUUCGGGGAUCUUAAGGAGGUUUCGGUUGCUGUUUACUUGAUUACAAGCUGCCCUAAAUUACAACAGCUUACAAUUAAAUGUGAAUCAGUGAACAAUGUUGUGGAAGCUGUUGUACAAUUCUUACAAGACCAAACAUGCUCUGGUGGUGUUGUGAAGCUGUUUCAAAGUGUGGAGAUGAGUCAUUUUACUGGCACUAAGAUGGAAAUGCAAUUUGUGAGGUUUAUACUAGCAUCUGCACCAUUACUUAAGGAAAUUUUCAUUUGGAAUUUUUCAUAUAUCCUUCAGUCGGGAAGACAAAUGAUAAAUGAGAUGAAACAAUACCGUCGAGCAUCGCCCAAUGUUGAAUUCAAGUUUGAAGCUGUUGAGGUAGAAUAGUAGAAGAUCAUGUAUUGAUUGAAAACCCAAGAAGUCAUGGAAGUACCAUGUAUACUACUUGUCCUUUGACUUUUCUCGUUAUGCAGUGUGUGUAGUAAACACAGUGUAAAGGUGCUUGCGUAAGAGAUUAUUCAACUAUCAUAGCUUAUCAUGUAAUCUGUCUCUAUGAGUAACUUGCUAUGUUUCAAACGUACUUACCUACAGUCAGAGCAUGCUUAAUUCA